CUUCACCUACAACUUCGCGACAGCGCGAACUCCAGCAUCGCUGCUUGCCUUGCCUCAACAGCCUCGUUUUUUCUCUCGGCCGCCGACCAUGGCGAGCAAGACAAUAACCUCCAGCACUUACGCGACGGCGGUGAAGCCCCCGGCCACCGACCCUGCCUACCAGGAGCGAAAGCCAAGUCGCGACAUUGACGCCGAGCUCGCUGCCGGCCUCAGCGCCAAACACCGCCAAGCCGCGGCCGCGGCUGACGAGCUUGCGCCAUUGGGCGCAGCAGUCGCUGGCGAGUCACCGGCAGCUGGUGGCGAGACCCGUGGGACAGCCGCGCCCCGCGGCAGUAGCAGCAGCAGCCGGAGGGUGGCGGUGAUCCUGCACGGCAAGCGGGCGGACGAGGCGGAUGUGCGGGCGGCGGUGAAGGCGCUGCGGCUGGAGGGAGUGAAGCUGGACGUGAAGGUGACGUGGGAGAGCGGCGACGUGUCCAAGUUCGUCAAGGACAUUGUGCGUGAGCGCUCUGCCGACACCAUCGUGGCGGCUGGCGGCGACGGCACACUGAAUGAGGUGGUGGCGGCGCUCAUCAAGUGCAAGGCGCCUCGCAGCAUUGCGGUGGGGCUGCUGCCCAUGGGCACAUCCAACGACUUCGCGGCGGUGACCGGGCUGCCGCAGGACCUGGACGGCGCGUUGCGGCUGUGCUGCCGCUCCGACAACCUGCACCCCAUAGACGUGGGGCUGCUCAACGGCGAGGUGUUUAUGAACACGGCCACUCUGGGCGCCUCUGCGGAGCUGGGCUCCGAGACCAGCCACGAGGCAAAGCAGAUGCUGGGGCCGGCAGCGUACCUGGUCACGGGUGUGGCCCGCCUGGUGGGCUACACGGCCGUACCUGUGCGCAUGCGCUUCCCCAAGCCCCCGCCCCCGCCCCAGCACCAGACCACCAGCCCCGCAGACAGCCGCAGUGCCAGUCGCACAGAGCGCGACACCGGCAGCACCAGCGCCAGCGCCAGCAGCGGCGCGGCAGCCGGUGCCGCUGGCGCGGGAGGCAGCAGCAGCGGCGCGGCGGCCGCGGCGGGGCAGCAGCCUCAAGAGGCGGCGCCGGUGCAGCAACAGCAGCAGCAGCAGCAGCAGGUGCAGCAGCAGCAGGUGGAGCGGACCCAGUACGACAAGAUCAAACCCGGCAAGACCAUGGAGGUCCGGGCCGAGGUGCUCAACCUGACCGCCGGCAACAGCCGCCAGCUGGCCAGCAUGGUGCAGGCCUGCCCGGACGCGCUACUGGAUGACGGGCUCCUGGACGUGACUUACGUCACCGGCGGCGCGGCGGCAGGCGCCACCAGCCUGGUGGGUCACAUCCUGACGCGGGGCUUGGACGAGGCCCUGCCCGACAACGUGCACAUGAUGCGCGUGCCCUGGCUGGAGCUGGAGCUGGAGGACGCCGCGGGUGACACGGUGUGGCCCGGCAACAGGGACGGCGAGCCCGUGCCGCCCGGCCGCAAGUUCCUGCUGGAGGCGCUGCCGCGGCGUGUGGCCAUGCACCUGCCGCCGGCGGCGCAGGCGCUGCUGGCGGCGGGCGCCGACCCGCGCCUCAACCCGCCCGUCAUCGCGAUCAACAGGCUGCGCAAGGGGGCCCUCAAGGCCAUGCUGGCGCAGGUGACCCGCUUCAAGCGCAUCAACCCCUUCAGCCGCCCUCGCUGGCAGGCGGCGGCGCUGGGGCUGCUAGGCCGCGCGCCCGAGCUGCUGCUGGCCUUCGCCGCCGGCUGGUUCCUGGCCGGCCGCAGCAGCAGCAGCCGCCGCGGCGGCGCCGCCACAAGCCCCACAGCUGCAGCCCGCAAUGAGGCGCGCGACACGGAGAGCAACAGGCGCCGGACGGCCAGUGGCGGCGGCGCUGCAGGCGCUGACGAGGGCGGCAGCGGCGGCGGUGGCGGUGGCGGCAGCCGGCAGCGCCAAGGCAUCCGGUCCUGGGUGCGGGGCGUGCUGGGGCGCCACAGGGGCGGCGCCGCCGCCACGGGCGAGGAGGCGGCGGCGGCGGCGGCGGCGGCGGCGGCGCGGCGCCCUGCUGGCGACACACACGGCGGGCUGGGGCACCCGGUGGGUGCGGCUGCGCUCGUGCCCGCCGCCACCUAGGCGCGAGAGAGCAAGCCGCGUGAAUGGCUUGGCUUACAUGGGAGGCCUUUUGCGGGCGCAGGGUUGGUUGCAAUCGAUUGAUGCGUGGGCACGGGGCGGGGCGGGCGGUGGAGCUGCUGGCCGUGGUGGUGCCGGUGAGGUGGUGUCGCUGAGGCAGAAAAUGUCGGGUGCAGUGCGGCCUGUGUACGGGGGGGGGGGUUUGAUGGUGGUGGUGAUGACGAUGAUGAUGACGGUGGUGGUGGUGGUGGUGGUGGUGCUGGGAUACAUAAUUUCUUCCCAGCCCAACGACACCAAAGUUUACAGAGCGCGGGGACUGGAGGAGGUUUGCCGGGGGAGAGAACUGGCCGGCCCUCAAGCCCCAAGAUAAGCACGAAUUGGACAGCGGCAGCAGACGGCUCGGUAGCUGGUGCGCAUGACUCUGAGCGGCCGCUGGUUGAAGGAUGCUUGGCGCAGGCCAA